CUAUUAAAAAUAAAAUUAAAAAAACUAAAAGAAAAUAAAUUUAUUACUUUGCCUCAGGAAGACUUUUGUUAGUUGUUUGGAAAUAUGAAGACUUCUUAGAUUAUUAGAAUAAUCUAGGAAAGAAGGGAUGAUGUUCUAAAUUAGAGCGUGGCUAUGACGAGUGGACAGCCACAGAUUUGAGAAACUUUAAGGCAGAAUCAUCAAGAUUUGCCAUGAGUAUAUGUUUGGAAACAUUUGAGAGUGAAAAGUAAGAGACAAGAAUUAAAGGAUGAUCCUGAGAUUAGGAGACCUCAGCAAAUAUAUAGCAAUUUGAUGGAGAGCAUAAUUUAAUAUGCAAAAUGAGAACACUCAGACCCAUGGUGCUGUGAAAAACAAAGAAUACCAGCUCUAGAAUUUAAGGACUUGAUACCUGUAGGAUCUUGGGCAAUUUAUUUAGCUUCCUUAGGCCUCAGUUACCUGAGAUAUAAAAGAAAGGGAUGGGACUAGUUCAUCACAAUUGUCCCUUCCAUACUUAUCUCUGAUCCUGUGGUCUCACCUAUGGCUCACAAAAAUUAGUUGCAAGUAAAAUCCAGUCUACUUGAUUGCUCAGUUGUGGGGGAGAAGGGGAAGGGAAGAGAAACACCUUUGUUCCUUAUGAACUAUGGCAUCUUAUCCUGGCAGUGGCUAUGAAACAGGAAGAAGAAAAGAGAGAAGGGUAAGCAAGAAUUUGGACAGUUGUCUUAUCAAGGCAGAGCCUAAGGGGAAUCAGUGUUCUCAUGUCACAGGUAUUUUUUUUUUUUCUUCCUUGUGACUCUGAAUGACCAAUGAUGGGAAAUUUUUGAUGCAAAGGAAAUGGUAGAACAUUAAUAGAUUCAAGAAAAUUUGCUACAGAUCUCCCCGCCCAAAUCUUACCUAGCUAAAGAUUGUAAACCAAGGAGGCAGGAACAGGUGGGAUAAGGCAUUUGUGAAUCAUAAGCAAAGUUUUUAAAUGGUAUCUUUGUGUUCUUUUUUUAAUGACUUUCAAUCUCCACUGUAAUAGUCAGGAAUCUAUCAUAAAAUUAAUACCUCUGUGCCAAGGAAAAUGGAGUUUCUGGAAUUAAAAUUGUGCAUAUUUAUAAAAGUAAUAGUUUUUUUUUUAAGGCAGCCUAGAAAUUGGAAAGACCUGGAUUCAAAUCAUGGCACUGACACAUACUAACUUUGUGAUCCAGGCCAAGUCAUUUAAUAUAUCUGUGGCCCAGGGAAGCUCUCCAAGAUUAAAAGAUGCCCAUCUGCAUUGGAGGAAAGACUUUCCUCACUAGGAGUCCCAUAUACCAAUACAUUCCCAGGCUCUGAUUCUUUUCUUUUCCAAAGUUAAAAGUAUUUAUCUUCUGAAUGGACAAGUUGCUUCCCAUAAGCACAAUAGGAAGCUGUCUACCUCACAUAUCCUUAAAGUAUUAAAGUCAAGAGCAAUCUGGACUUUUUCUCUCUUGAAAUCAAAUGUUAUUAGGACAAUUAUGUCACAUCACCUACAAGUGUCCUGGUCUACAGUGAGGCUGAUAUUGCAUACUAGUGCUUUCUAGGAGAAAAACAACUAUCUCUGCAGUAUACAUUAUCACUUAGCAUCAUCCAGUUUUAGCGCCUCUAGGGAUUGGUCUGUUACUGCUUCUCUGGGGAACUAGUUCUUCUGAUGUUUCAGGCACUUAAAUAGCCUCCCCCGUCUUUCUCUCCUCUCUCCAAUUUCCCUCUUUCCUUUCUCCCCCAACCCAGUCCCAGGUUCUGUCCUGAACAAUUCCCUGGGAGUUGACAUCUUCCCAUUGUUAUAACAAUCAUUUGGGAUAACUCAAAUUUUCUAACUCACUUUUUGGUAGCCAAGCCACUUCAGUCUCUCUGUACCUCAAUUUCUCUUAACAUUAUCAUCCUUCAAAAACUUGUAUUGAAGAUAAACCACCUCCAUCAUCAUCUAAAGCCUUUUGAGCACUCACUAUAUGAUGGCUCAGUUGAGGUAGUGUUUGAUAAGUUUGGAGGGAGUGAAAAAGACCUCCAUCCACUUCUUGAUCUGGGGGAACCUCUAACCUAGAGAAGGAAACAAGGUAUUCAUUAAUCAUACAGAGAUAAAAAGUUUGUAUCUAACUAAAAUAUAUAGCAGUUAGUAAACAAAGACUGUAUAUUUAAUGAUAGCUGGUCAGUGAGUUGUUUCGGUCAGAGACUUUUUGGAGAAAAAUUGCUUAUCCUGAAGAAAACAAAUAUAUUGUAUUAUUUUGCAAAAACUUAUUUGCUAUCAUAUGGCCUUUGGCGUGACAAAGACCUGAUAUCAAUCUUAACUCUAAUAUUUGCUAGUUGUAUGAUCAUUGUGUAUGAUCAGAAAAGUAACCUCCUCGACCUCUGUUUCCUCAUUUGAAAACAAUAUCUGGAUUCUCACAGGGGUGUUGUGAGGUUUGUAGACAACGUACUGCAAUGCUUGGCAAACCUUUAAGAGGUAUCUAAAUGUCAGUUAUUAUUAAUUUAGGUUGAAAGAAAAAAAGGGGCUUAAGCGGUGUCUUGAGGAAGCCCCUGACUCUCCUCUCCACCACCGGAUUCCCUAUGUCACCACUCACCAGUUUGUUUAGUGCACAAGUUCAGGGAAAUCUAUUUCUUGCCCUUGAGAAUUGCCCUCCAGAGGGGAGGUAUCUUCUGUUGGGGGAAAGCUUCUAUCACUAGGUUUUGUAGCUCCUGACUUCUACAUUUCCUCCCACAGCCUGCCCCUCCUCACGGCCCCCACUCGGCCUUCUCCCAGACACAGCCCUUCCUUGGCUGGUUUCCCCAGACACCUGACCUUGUGUCUAGUGGUCUUUCUGUCUGUCUGGACAACUGGAACCCAUCAGGCCACUUUUUGUUACCUCCUCCCCCCUCCUAAUUUUUGUUUUCAUUUGAAAAUAUUUUCUACUUUUUGCACUGAGUGGAAAUAGCUGGGAAGAGGAGGUUGAGAAGAGGGAAUGAAGGAGGAAGAGGACGGAAAAAAGAGGGAGGAAUGGCGAUCAAGGGGAAGAGGAGGAGGUUCUCCAGACUCACACACAAACAGAAAUAAAUAUCAUUUCUAUUUUUCCCCUUCCUCAUUUUCGUUUUCCGACUCCCCAGACGGUUUCCAGGGGGCUUAGCAUUUUCAAAGCCUCGCGUAAGCGUCUCUGACAAUGGGAAGUGGUGCCUUUUCGCCCGCGGCCGGCACCGUUUUAAAUGAGGUCCCAGGUAGCCAUGGUUACCUCUCCUCUUCGGUGGGAGAUGACUUUUAUUUCCUGCCUUUUGUGUUUGCACAUCUCAGAUACACAUCCUCCUGCCCCCUAAUUGGCAUUCACACUUCGGGGCCGCGCGAAAGGGAUCGACCAAACAAGCAGGAACGCCAGGGGCGGGCAGGAGAGCGCCUAGGACUGGACAAGCUUGGGACCCAGAGACCAAGGGGGUCAGGGUUUGGGGAGGCGGACAAAAGAGCGGGAGGAAGACGGUGUGGGUGAGAGAGGCAGGGUGGAGGAACCGAAGGGGACUCAUGCGGGGGAGAGAGAGCGAGCUCAGGGGAAGGUGGGAGGGGCGCUGAGGAGGGAGGAAGGUCAUCAGAUUUGCCCACGGGACAUGAAAAGCCACCCGGAUCGAGGCAGAUUUUUCUGCGCCCCCUGGGAGGCCCCAGGAGCCCAGUCCUCUUGCUCCCCCUCCCUGUAAGAACAUACCCCUCAUGUUCUCCACCAACCCUCACAUCAGUUCCGGGGAAAGGAAAGAGGAGCGCGGCAGGGACUGCUCCAGGGACCCAGGCCUUUGCAGAUAUAAGCAAACCUUGAUUAAAAGCUGCCUGACAGCCCACGGCAGCGGCAAGCAGCAGGCAAGGAAGCUCUUCAAGUCCAAAGGGAGUCGCAGUGGCGGCUCCCGCCACGGCCAGGCUCUCAGAUGUCCCUGAUCCUUUAAUCAAUCACAGCCGAGGAGGGGAAGAGCAAACGCCCAUCUGAGGCGAGGAGAUAACCAGCCCGAGCCAUGCAGUCUUUUCGAGAAAGGUGUGGUUUCCAUGGCAAGCAGCAGAACUACCAGCAGACUUCACAAGAUUCAUCACGCCUGGAGAAUUACAGGCAUCAGAGCCAGGCAGGGCUGAGCUGCGAGCGGCAGCGGCUGCUGGCCAAGGAGUACUACAGUCAGCAGCCCUACCCGGCUUACGACAGCAGCGCCUCGGCGGCCGCCGACAAGUACCACCGGGGCAGCAAGCCCCUCCCCGGCCAGCCGCCGCUGCAGGGGAGGCCGACCUUCUCCAGCUACAGCGUCCCGGAGAGCAGUCCCUACCCGGCUCGGUACUCGGGAGAGGAGAGCCUGCAGACGUGGGGGGCCCAGCAGCAGGCCCUUGCAGGGGGGGUGGCCAAGUAUGAAGAGAACUUGAUGAAAAAGACAGCGGUUCCCUCCAGUAGCCGUCAGUACCAGGAGCAGAGCUCUCAGCUGCCCUUCCGGACUCACUCCCUGCACCUCCAGCAGCAGCAGCAGCAGCAGCAACAGCAACAGCAGCAACAGCAGCAGCAGCAGCAGCAGCAGCUGCAACAGCAGCAACAGCUGCAACAGCUGCAGCAACAGCAGCAGCAGCAGCAGAACCCCUUGACGUACCCCAAGCUCCAAAGGCAGAAGAUCCAAAAUGAUAUCGCCCCCAUACCCUUUCCCCAGGGCUCUCAUUUCCCCCAGCAUUCCCAGUCCUUCCCUACUUCCUCCACCUAUUCUUCGGCCGUGCAGGGCGGGAGUCAGGGAGCUCACUCCUUCAAAAGCUGCACCGCCCCCUCCACCCAGCCCCAUGAGAGGUCCCUGGCUAGCAGCGCCAGCCUGACCCCGGGGCCCAGGGUGCAGAGCCUGCACAGCUAUCAGGCAGGCAGGAUCAGCUACGACCAGCAGCAGCAGCAGCAGCAGCAGCAGCAGCAACAGCAACAGCAGCAGCAGCAGCAGCAGCAGCAGCAGCAGCAAGCAGCAGCUCUCCAGGGCAGACACCAUGCCCAAGAAACGCUGCAUUACCAGAACAUAGCCAAGUACCAACACUACAAUCAGCAGGGCCAGAGCUACUGCCAGCCGGACACCCCGGUGAGGACACCCGAGCAGUACUACCAGACCUUCAGCCCCAGCUCCAGCCACUCGCCGGCGCGCUCCAUGGGCCGCUCCCCCUCCUACAGCUCCACGCCAUCCCCGCUGAUGCCCAACCUGGAGAACUUCCAGUACAGCCAGCAGACCCUCAGCACGGGGGCCUUCCCUGCCAGCAUCACGGACCACAGCCACUUCAUGCCCCUGCUGAACCCUUCCCCGACAGACGGGGCGAGCUCCGUGGACGCGCAAGCCGUGAAUUGCAAGAACUUGCAGAAGGAGAAGAUCCCUGAGAAUCUGCUCUCGGACCUCAGCUUGCAGAGCCUGACUGCUCUGACUUCACAAGUGGAGAACAUUUCCAACACUGUGCAGCAACUUCUGAUGUCCAAGUCGACCGUUCCCCAGAAGAAAGGCAUGAAGAACCUCGUCCCCAGGACCCCAGAGCAGCUCAAAGGUCAGCACUGCAGCCCGGAGAGUGGCAGCUACUCUGCGGAACCCGUGGGCACCCCUCUGUCGGAGCCUCUCAGCAGCACCCCACAGUCCAUCCACGCGGAAGCCCAGGAGGCAGAUUACCUGAGUGGUUCAGAAGAUCACCUGGAAAGGACCUUCCUGUAUUGUAACCAGACUCGGAACAGCCCCGCCAGGGUCAAUAGCAACUCCAAGGCCAAGCCCGAGUCGGUCUCCACCUGCUCGGUCACCUCUCCCGACGACAUGUCCACCAAGUCGGACGACUCCUUCCAGAGCCUUCACAGCAGCCUGCCCCUGGACACCUUCACCAAGUUUGUGGCCAGCGAUCGGGAGUGCCCCCGUCUGCUGCUCAGCGCGCUGUCCCAGGAAGAGCUGGCUUCGGAGAUCAUUGUGCUGCAGGAAGCCAUCAGUGAAAAGGCCGAUAAAGCUUGGAGCGAGUCUCCCGUCCUGACUAAGGACCCCAGCAAGUCCUCCUUCUCUCUGGAGAACCACAACACCUGCCUCGACCCUGUGGGCAAGAACACCUGGUCCCACCCUGCUGAGGCGGAAACCUUACCUGAUCCCCUCCACAUCAACAAAGGCAGCAACACCAAGGACUUCAGCGAAGAGCUCUUCGAGGAUCCCCCAGUGGGGUUCACCAUGCCUGAAGCCAAGAAAUUACCCUGUUCUCUGCCAUAUGGUCCCAAACCGAAUCUCCCAGAUGCUCCCUCUAACCCUGGGACAACUGCUUUUGGCUGCUUUCCGGAUACAACCACUGACUCAGUGGGUUCUGGUGAUAAUGCAAACCCCUUUGCGUGGCCAGAGGAGAACUUGGGGGAUGCCUGUCCCAGGUGGGGUCUGCAUCCCACAGAGCUCCCUAAGAGCCUGGGUCGAGGGAAGCCUCCAGAGGGGUCGAGCAAAGAGAAAACAAAUGACACCGUUUGUAUGGGCUUCCCAGAGGCAGAGCCAGUGGGCGAGAAGGAGGAGGUGAGAGAUUUCAAGCAUGAGGAGGUCAGAGAUGUGAAGGAGGAAGACAUCCUGGGGUGCCAGGAGGCCAACAAAGCUGACAGGUGGCUGGAGGACAGUAGGCACUGCUGCCCGGCUGGUGACUUCAGUGAUAUCUCCUUGCUGCCCUCCUCAGAGAGAAAAGACUUGGAGGCAGAAGAGUACUCCUCCCUUUGUGAGCUCCUGGCCAGCCCUGAGCAGAGGCCUGGGCUGCAGGACCCAUCUCCCCCCAAGACCCCAUUGAUCUGCACUAAGGAGGAGCCCGAGGGGUCUCUCAGUCCAAAGGCUAACUGGGUUUCUCCCUGUCGCCUCUCCGGAGAGUCUGUCAUCCUGCUGGGUCCAGCUGUGGGCACAGAAUCCAAGGUCAAGAGUUGGUUUGAGUCAUCCCUGUCUCACAUGAAGCCGGAGGAAGGGGCAACAGAGAACGAGAGCGCACCUCCAGAUAAUAUCGCGCCCAGUGCCCCUCUGCCAGGAAAGCUGAACAAGCCGGCCUUGCCUGAAAAUACCCUGGCCAAGAAAGGGCCCAUGCCGAGAGGGAAGAGCCUGAGGAGCCGUCGAGUGCAGAGAGGGCUGCCAGAGGGAGAGGAAUCGGGCUGCAAGGCCCCAGACCUGCCCAAGGACCUUUCACUGCCAGAGCCCUGCACAGGGCAGCCCCAGGGCCACACAGAAGGGGCCGGCACCCCCGGCCAGCUGGGCCCAGCCGGGAGGGUUGUGGCCGAGGGGCUGCCCAGGAUGUGCACCCGCUCCUUCACAGCCCUCAAUGAGCCCCGAACCCCUGGCUCCCAUCCACCGAGCCUAACCGGGGCAUCCUCCCAACCCGAGAAGCUGGGGACAAAACAGAGAGCCGGUUUCAAGUCUGGGAAGAGAGCAGGAAAACUGUCCCCUAAGGUGGCUUCUAGCCCCAGUGACCCCGCCGCUCUGCCCGUGCCCAGCCUAGCCCAAGAGAACAGCUCCAUGGGGCCCAAGCUGAAGGACGCCGAGUCCCCGGAUAUCCCAGCGAAGGACCAGAGGUCCAUGAUCCUCCGGUCUCGAACCAAAGCCCAGGAGCUCUUUCACCCCAAGCGGAGGAGGCCGACGGAAGGGAGGCUGCCAAACUGCAAAACUGCCAAGAAACUCAUUCCUAAUAACCACCUACCACCCAGCUUCAAGAUGCCUGGCAGUGCCCAGAAAGAGGGGAAAGCAAGCCGGAGGGUGAAGCUCCCCAAACCUGCGCCUGGUGUGGGAGGCAAGCUGCCAGAGCGCCAGCUGCACUCCCUGAAGAGGAAGUCCACCUUCAUGUCUCCCAUCCCAGCCAAGAAGAGGAAUCUGAUUCUUCGCAGCGGGGGCAGCCCCGGGAGCAUCAAGGAGGAGAAGGCCGAGCCUUCUUCCCCCAGCCUCUUCAAGAGGAUCUCCAGCCCCAAAAAAGCCAAGGCCGCCAAGGGCACCUGCGAGCCCGCCCUGAAAGCCCCUCCUCCGGAGACCCCCAACGUCUGCAUCAAAAUCACCUCCCGGGCCGCCUUCCAGGGAGCCAUGAAGACCAAGGUCCUGCCUCCCCGCAAGGGCCGAGGCCUGAAGUUGGAAGCCAUCGUGCAGAAGAUCACCUCUCCCAGCCUAAAGAAGUUUGCAUGCAAAACAGCCACGGCGGCAGCGGCGGCGGCGGCGGCGGCGGCUGCAGCGGCCGCGGCCGCCGCAGCAGUGGUGGCUCCGACCCACAGCAACCCUCUGAGCCCGUCCCUCCCCGAGAAGGAGAGGGCCUUAAAGAAGGCCGGGGCCGGCCCCGCCGGGGGAGACGCCAGGCCCCUCAACCCGGGCCUGGCUCAGAAGCCUCCCGCGGCCCCCGGAGCCGAGCAAUUAUGCAGAAAUGCCAGCAGCAGAUCCUUAAAAGGGAAACUCAUGAACAGUAAGAAGCUGUCCUCCGACUGUUUCAAGGGUGAGGCCUGUUCCUCUCCGGAGGCAGCGCAGCCGCAGCAGGAGGAGCAGCCCCAGCAGCCGCCCGGCGGCGGGGAGGCUACGAAGAGUCUCGGCCUGGUGACCAAGAAGAGGAGCCGGAAGGGGAAGGCGGCCGCCCUGGGCCUGGCCAAGCUCCCCCUGGAGAAGCGAGCCCAUCUGGCGCCUGGCCUGCUGCUGGCCUCCAGGGAGAGGGCGGCCGUGGGGGGAGGCCUGGCCGACGGUGGGGAGGACAGGGAAGGGGGAGGAGGGAAGAAAGGCGGCCUGGAGGACAAAGGCCUCGGCCCAGAGCCCUCGGAGGGCCGGGCGUCGCAGCCGCAGACCCGGGCCCAGAAGCAGCCCGCCGGCCAGGCCAGCUACAAUGGCGGCUACUCCAAGCGGCAGCGCAAACGGCUCACGCGAGGCAAGGCCAAGAACGUGGCUUCCCAGUGCAAGAGUCGAGCCAAAAGGCGAAGGCAGCAGCAGCACGCCCCGCCCCUGGACCCUGCCGAGCCCGAGAUCCGCCUCAAGUACAUUUCCUGCAAAAGGCUCCGGACUGAUAGCAGGGCUCCACCCUUCUCCCCCUACGUCAGGGUGGAGAAGAAGGAUGAGUUCACUACCACCUGUACUGUGGUCAACUCCCCUGGGGAAGAGCCCAAGCCCCGAAAGGAGAAGCCUUCCUCCUCUUCUUCCUCCUCCUCCUCCUCCUCCUCUUCUUCCUCCUCCUCCUCCUCCUCUUCCUCCUCCUCCUCAGCUGCCUCCCCUACCACCUCCUCCUCUGCCCUGGCCACCCUCCCUGGGGGGGCCUCCCUCCAGGCCCGGGCUGUGCUGCCCCUCUCCUCCACCAUGCACCUUGGGCCUGUGGUCUCCAAGACCCUGAGCGCGGCCUGCCUGGUCUGCUGCCUCUGCCAAAACCCUGCCAACUACAAAGACCUGGGGGACCUCUGUGGGCCCUACUACCCCGAGGACUGCCUGCCCAAAAAGAAGUCCAGACUCAAGGAGAAAGCCAGGGCCGAGGGCCCGGGGGAGGAGGCGGCGCCCCUGGAGAGAACACUCAGAGGCCUGGAGAGCCCCUGCCCAGCCGGGCCCGGGAAGCCGCCCAGGCCCGAGGCCCCCGCCGAGGCCGCCAAGCCCAGCUCCCUGAGGUCCAGCUCUCGGGGCCUCUACCGCAAGCUGCAGAGCUGCUACUGCUGUGACGAGCAGAGGACCGAAGACGAGGAGGCCCCCGCGGCCGACAAGCCCAGGAAGCACGAGUGCAGCAAGGUCGAGGCCCCGGCACCGGAGCUGAGCGGAGACACGCAGGAGCACUGGGUGCACGAGGGCUGUGCCAUAUGGACUGCUGGCGUCUACCUGGUGGCCGGGAAGCUGUUCGGCCUGCAGGAGGCCAUGAAGACGGCUGCAGAUGUGAGAUGUUCCAGCUGUCAGCAAGUAGGUGCCACCCUUGGCUGCUGCCACAAAGGAUGCCCUCAAACCUACCACUACGCAUGUGCCAGUGACACAGAGGCAGCUGUUGUAAUCUACCCUCCUGGGUCUUACCUCCUCCAUCUGGACAGGAGAUGGCGCCAAGCCUGGGCCCACUUCUCACCUGGAGCUGUGACCGGACCACCCAGACCGGCAAGGAAGAGAGGAACAGGACCCUUCCUCCCCCUUGAUCUGCUGACCUAACCAGAGGCCCUUUCUUUCUGAAUGUUCUCAUCUGCUUAUGGCUAGUCCCGUCCACCUCCUGGGUCUCCUCCCUGCAAAGAACCACUCCUCAGAGUUGACCCAGGCUUGCUGACCAGUAGGAUCCAGGCCCUGGAUUUGUGGAUCUGGGAUCCGUCAGACAAGACAUCCUUACACCAUAUCCCUCCCCUGGUAGGGAAGGGUUCUAGGCCUCUCUCACCGGGUGACAGAGAGAUUGCACGGGACAGGUUGGUAGGAAAGGGGGGGCGGGGAGAGGGUCUGGGAGUGCAGCAGUGGGGGGGCUUUGUGUCAAGCUUAGAUCCUUUUCCCAGCGCUCUCUUGCCCGCUCCUGACCCUGCCGGCUCCUGGGGGGCAAGGCCUGGUACUUGGAGCCCGAGAGGCCAGGUCUGACUUUGCCUUUGCUCCCUGCCCAACUGCACUGCAGCCCCUGCCCAGCGUGGGUCCCACUGGCCCUCGAUGGAGAAGCGCCCGACUCUUCCCGCUUGGUAAGCUGCACCCGCGUUCAGUCCUAGAGAAAUAGAGACCGUGGCCAGCCGAGGGGGUGGCCGGAGGGACAGUGCAGCAUGUGGAGCUAGUGGCCUAAAGGGACUGUCCGCUCUUCCCUCCGUCACCUCCUCCACCCGCAAGCAAGAGGAGGGAAGAAGAGGCUGGUGUGAGCCGGACUGGCACGUGUAAUUUCUCGGAGGUUGUGGGGGGUCCCCCAUCACUGCUGUCCCCGCGGUCCCUCCCCUUUCUUGCCCGCCGCGCCCCAGCAGGAUGGAUCGGGGCCGCCCAAGUGUCUGCUUCUGUUCGGUGGGGGAAGGGGCGUGAGCGCGAGCGGGGUGGGUAGGAGGCGACUUUUUGCAUGCCCAGCGCAAACCCUGGUUAGGUUAGUUUAGUUGAAGAAAUGUAAAGUCUUUGGAAACCCCCGGGGCCCUCGGAGUAGCCCAGGGCAGAGCCCUGUUCCUGGCAGAAGCCCGGGGGCAGGGGCCGGAGCCGCAGCCCCCCGCUUUCAGAUCAGUGACCGGCCCGCGGGGCUGGCCUCCGGCUCUCCCGGGGCCUCGGGGAGGGAAGAGAGCAUCCGCUUUUAGUCAGUCUUCCCCGCUGAGGCUUGAUGAGAGACCCUGCUCUUUUGCUGACCAUCUGACUCGGUUUCCUCAUCUGUAAAAUGAUGGGGCUGGACUCGGCGAUUUCUGCGCGGUCCCUCCCGAGGGCCCCGGCCCGGGCAGAGCUGUGCAGCCGCUCCCCCGCGCCCCGGCGCCCCUCCCCGAGGUGCCCGGGGACCCCCGCUCCCGGACGCGCUCCCGGCCUGGCUCCUGUGUGUUGUGCCCCCUCCCCCGGCAGUGCCCGCCCCGCCCCGCCCCGCCCGCCAGGAGGGGGGCCGGCCGGCGCUCUCUGCGCAUGUGCGUGUGUGGCGCCCGCGUGCGUCCGCGGGCCAGGGCCCGUGCGGGGGGGGGAGGGGGGCCGGCGGGGGCCGCGGCCGGAGAACAGAUAUAUCAUGUGUAUACAAUAUAUAUGUACCGUUCUAUAUAUAUGUUAUAUAUAAUGUAUAUAUGUCUGAGACGUGCUCGCUCUUGUUCACCACAUCGGUUCCACCGCAAGCAGCAACCUCGGUCCUCGGGCUCCUGCCCAACGCCCCCCCUACCCCCCCCGGAGCUGGGCCGGGGGAGCAGGCAUCGCGUCACGGAGACCCCCCCCACCGGCCCAGGCAGGAAGCCCCGCCGCGCGAGCCCCGCCCACUGCAUCCGUCCGUCCGUCCGUGCCCCCGCUUAGCCCGGCCCGCCCGCUCACUCUGGACUCUGGAGGUGGCCUUCCGGGGCCACCGGGGGGCGCCCCACUCAGCUCCCGACCGUCUUAGUGGCAUCAUGUACAUAUGACUGUAAAAUGGUAAACCGUGUGUAUUAUAUAUUGCCUCAUUAUAUAGUGUAUAUAUAUGUAUACAUAUACAUAUAUAUAAUAUAUAUGAAGACUGUAAAUGUUAAGACUAGUGUUCUUAUUAGUAUAUUGCUUCACACUGAAGAUUGUGUGUUAACGAGCUGUUUCUAAAAGAUGUUUAUUUUCCUUAAGAGUAAAAAAAGAAAAAAAACAGGUCAUUGCAUUAAAAAAACCGUCAAUAAAGAUACAACAAUUGUUUUGGAA